AUGCCUCAAGUUGCCACCCUCCCUCCUUAUAAAAGGAGGGUUAGCAGUGUUACAUUAAACUCGCCCUCCUUCAUUCAUUCCUUAACAAUGGCAUUCUUCAGGCUCCUCUUCAUCUUCGUCCUCUUCCAAUAUUGCGAAGCGGCAGGGGAGCUCUACGAUACUCCUGACCCAGUCAGAGCCGACGGUCUGUGUGCUACGGUCGUCGACCCUCAAGGCUACAAAUGCCAAGAAUUUGAGGUUAUAACGGAAGAUGGAUACAUAUUAGCCUUGCAUAGAAUUACACAAGGAAGAGGAAGAGAUGAUGGUCCGGGAAGGCAAGCUGUGCUAUUGCAACAUGGAGUCCUCAUGGAUGGCAUGACUUGGCUACUGAACUCACCUGAAGAAUCACUGGCGUUCAUCUUAGCAGAUGCUGAAUUCGACGUCUGGAUUGCCAACGUCAGAGGCACUAAGUGGAGCCGUCGCCAUGUCGCUCUUGAUCCUUCCUCGCCAGCUUAUUGGUACUGGUCCUGGGAUGAGUUGUCCAUGUACGACUUGACUACUACUGUUGAUUUUGUGUUCAACCAAACCGGACAAAAGCUGCACUAUGUUGGACAUUCCAUGGGUACUACGAUUGCUCUAGCAGCAUUAUCUGAGAGGAGAUUAGUAGACAAGCUGAAGUCAGCAGCUCUUCUGUCUCCAGUUGCCUAUUUAUCACACAUGACCAGUGCUUUAGGAAUAAUUGCAGCCAACUCAUUCACUGGAGAACUAUUAAGAUGGUUUGGACACGGAGAAUUUAAUCCCAAAGGGUUGGUAGCAAAGGAUUUCUUGAAUUCAAUCUGCCAUGCGACUGGAGUCGAUUGCUACGACUUUAUGACGGCAUUCACAGGGAUAAAUUGUUGCCUCAAUUCUUCGAGCAUCGAUUACUUCUUGCAAUUUGAGCCCCAGCCUACAUCUGUGAAGACACUGGUCCAGUUUGCAGAGAUUUAUAGAGAUGGAGUGGUAACAAGGUACCAUGAUGAUUGGAGACUAGGUUCGGGGACGACGGCGGCGUAUGAUAUUUCCAACAUCCCGCGAGAUUUCCCGUUGUUGCUCAGCUACGGGGGUCGGGAUUCCUUGACGGCGGAGGAGGACGUGCAGCUGCUGCUGAACGAUCUCAGGGACCACGAGAAAGACAAGCUCAGGUUGCAGCUGGUGGAGGAGUAUGCCCAUAUGGACUUCGUGAUGGCGGUCAACGCCAAGAGCGUCGUCUACGAUGGAGUGAUAGAAUUCUUCAAGCGGCAAAGUUAA